AGAGGUACUUUUGGAACACCAAUAGGCAUUAAAUGAAAUAAAAAAGAACUAAGUACUAUAUUUUACUUUGAUGUGGAAACGUAACAAAGCCUUUCUUUUUAUUUAUAAUAUUGUACUUUAUCUUUAUAAUAUUGUACUUUAUCCUAAUCAGAUUUUAUUCAUAAAUUCUGAAAAAUUUAUAAAGAAAAUAAGAAAAAAAAAGGGAAAAUGAUUACGACUAGUGUCCUCUAAUGAUGAACAAGUAUGGGCAAAUUCGCUCAUAGAAAAUCGCAUUAACUUCCCCAUUGCGUAUUGGUACUUAUCGAGUAUAGAAUAAAUCUGCUUCUCUUUGUUCCUACGAACAAAAUUGUUCCAUUAUUACCAACAGAAUAGAACAAAUAUGAACCCUUACGUUGAAAUAAUCCACUAAAUAGGGGGGGUCCAUAACAUAGUCAUAGUAUAGUCUUUUACAAUGCAAUAAAGUUACGUAGUGUCUUUUUUCUUUCAUAAAGGGGUAUUUCCAUGGGUUUGCCUUGGUAUCGUGUUCAUACCGUUGUAUUGAAUGAUCCCGGACGGUUGCUUUCUGUUCAUAUAAUGCAUACAGCUUUGGUUGCUGGCUGGGCCGGUUCGAUGGCCCUGUAUGAAUUAGCAGUUGUUGAUCCUUCUGACCCUGUUCUUGAUCCAAUGUGGAGACAUGGUAUGUUCGUUAUACCCUUCAUGACUCAUUUAGGAAUAACAAAUUCCUGGGGCGGUUUGAGUAUCACGGGGGGGACUAUAACGAAUCCGGGUAUUUGGAGUUACGAAGGUGUGGCUGGAACGCAUAUUGUGUUUUCUGGGUUGUGCUUUUUGGCAGCUAUCUGGCAUUGGGUAUAUUGGGAUCUAGAAAUAUUUUGUGAUGAACGUACAGGAAAACCCUCUUUGGAUUUGCCCAAGAUCUUUGGAAUACAUUUAUUUCUUGUAGGUCUGGCUUGCUUUGGUUUUGGUGCAUUUCAUGUAACAGGCUUGUAUGGUCCUGGCAUAUGGGUGUCCGAUCCUUAUGGGCUAACAGGGAAAGUACAAUCUGUAAAUCCAUCGUGGGGUGUAGAGGGUUUUGAUCCUUUUGUUCCGGGAGGAAUAGCCUCUCAUCAUAUUGCGGCAGGGACUUUGGGCAUAUUAGCAGGUCUAUUCCAUCUUAGCGUCCGCCUGCCCCAACGUCUAUACAAAGGAUUGCGUAUGGGUAAUAUUGAAACUGUCCUUUCCAGUAGUAUCGCUGCUGUCUUUUUUGCAGCUUUUGUUGUUGCCGGAACUAUGUGGUAUGGUUCAGCAACUACCCCCAUCGAAUUAUUUGGGCCUACUCGUUAUCAAUGGGAUCAGGGAUACUUCCAACAAGAAAUAUAUAGAAGAGUUAGUGCUGGGUUAGCCGAAAAUCAAAGUUUAUCAGAAGUUUGGUCUAAAAUUCCUGAAAAAUUAGCCUUUUAUGAUUACAUCGGAAAUAAUCCGGCAAAAGGGGGAUUAUUCAGGGCGGGCUCAAUGGAUAACGGGGAUAGAAUAGCGGUUGGUUGGUUAGGACAUCCUAUCUUUAGAGAUAAAGAAGGCUGUGAACUUUUUGUACGCCGUAUGCCUACCUUUUUUGAAACAUUUCCGGUCGUUUUGGUAGACGGAGACGGAACUGUUAGAGCCGAUGUUCCUUUUCGAAGGGCGGAAUCUAAGUAUAGUGUCGAACAAGUAGGUGUAACUGUUGAGUUCUAUGGUGGUGAACUCAAUGGAGUCAGUUAUAGUGAUCCUGUUGCUGUCAAAAAAUAUGCUAGACGCGCUCAAUUGGGGGAAAUUUUUGAAUUAGAUCGUGCUACUUUGAAAUCUGAUGGUGUUUUUCGUAGCAGUCCAAGGGGUUGGUUUACUUUUGGACAUGCUUCAUUUGCUUUGCUCUUCUUCUUCGGACACAUUUGGCAUGGUUCUCGAACCUUGUUUAGAGAUGUUUUCGCUGGUAUUGACCCAGAUUUGGAUGCUCAAGUAGAAUUUGGAGCAUUCCAAAAACUUGGAGAUCCAACUACAAGAAGACAAGCAAUCUGAUACAACAUUUCUUUGGUCUCUUUCGAAUCUAUUUUCUUUUUAUGAUUUGAUUUU